GGGGAAUCGCUGGAUGUCGUAUAUCUAGAUUUUUCCAAAGCAUUUGAUACGGUUCCACAUUAAAGACAGCUGGAGGCCUGACAUUCCACUGACAGCCGCCCGAGUCUUCAGUCUGUAGAUUGUUCCAGUGAGAUUAGUGAGAUUAGCGUCUUCUUCUACUUGUUUGAAAUGGAGCUAAAAGGACUGGGGUUCGUCCCCCUCCUGUUGGCGUUUUGGUGUGCGGCCUGGCUUGCCACCAGCUACAUCAUGACGGUUGUCCUCGGCCAUGCCGCCUCGCCACUGAUGAGCAUCAGUGACGUGGGAAAUUUCUUUCCCGAAAGCAUAUUAUUCAGAAUUGGAUUCAUAGGGAUGUCCAUUGGCACUUUGGUACUAACCUUUCUUAUUUAUAAGUAUAUGGUUAUGCAUACUGAAGAGUUCAGGGGUCAUCAGGUCCUGAUACAGAGGUUCCUGCUGGCCAUUGUGUGGGCCUCCUGUUUUGCCACAGCUGUCAUGCAUGUAUUUUCCCCCAAAGAAUAUCCCAGGAUACACUUUGUCAGCACGAUAAUUUCCAUUACAUGUGAAGCCUUAUACUACCUUGGGCAGUCCAUCCAGAUGUAUAAAUUACCAGGAGCAAAAAAAGUCAUCCACCAUAGUAGGUGCACCUGCUGUGGCCUGACUUUUGUCUGUGUAAUUUUCUAUUUUGGAUAUGAAACAUUAAAGGAAUUAUUCCAUAAUGAUGAAGACUGGGACGAGAUCCGUGAAAUCACCAUAAUAAUCGAGUGGGUGAUGCUUCUACUGAUCCUGAUAAACAUCGUGACCUAUUAUUCCACCAUGCAGAGGUUAUUGUUGACCGUCUCCAGAAACAGCUGCACACUCUCUCUUAGAGUAAAAAUUGAUGAUUUCGGGGUGUAGACCACCACGUGGGCCAUCAAGUGGACUUCUGGGAGAAAUACUGCACAGGACACGGAAAAACAAACUAAAGAAGAAUAACUGGGGGACUACAUAUGGUGCCAGUAAUCAUGGCAAAAUAAUAUGAGCUGGUGAU